UCGAUGUUUCUCCACCUCUACAGCAAAACGAAGAAAAAAAUUGCUGUUUUUGCUAUGAUAACAGGUCAACCGACACCCAGUUCUCCCGAUUCGCCCACUCCACAAACAAUAAGAAGGUAAAGGAAGACGAGGAGGAGCCCUAAUUAUGGCCCAAUUAAAAAAGCUUUACAUGAGCUCCAACAUCGAAGACCUGGAGAAGAUGACAAUAAUCCCCGAUUUGCGCAACACGAGUAUGAAAAUCCUGCUCAACACCACUCGUAAGCUGUACGUGGCCGCCGAGGAGUACCGCUUGGAUGGCGAUGAGGAGCUGGCCUAUAUCACCUACAUGAAGUACUUCAAUAUGCUAACCGCCAUUCGCAAGAAAUCGGACUACGCUAUUCACAAGACGACUGUGCGCCAGAUGCUGGGCGAUACCGCGUCGAAUCGCCGCAUCAUGGACUCGCUGGAGCUGAUAAGCCAGUCCCUGUUGCUUCGCUAUGAGCAGCUGCAAUGCCCGGUGGCGGAACCAAUUGCUUCAAUCGUCGGCAAUGGACAGGAGCCCAAAAGCUCGACAGGAGAACUGGCCACGAACUUCGCCCGAUUGGGGCUAAUUACAUGCGAGGAGUUGUACCGACGCAUGCAGGAAAAGUCCGUUCUGGUCAUGGACUGUCGCUCCAGUGCGGACUAUGAAGUGUCUCACCUCACCUACUUCUGUGCAUUCAAUGUACCUGAGGAGCUCAUAACACCGGGGAUGUCGGCUGGCCGGUUGCAGGCUCGUCUAAGUAGCACCGGAAAGGCUGCCUGGGCUUCGCGCGCCGUCAAGGAUUCUGUGGUUUUAAUAGACUGGAACAGCAAGGAUUCCCCACCAGCUGCAAAUACAGCCAUAGCCACGCUUCUGGACAUCCUAAAGAAUUGGGAUCCGGACGUGACCUACCGGGCUCCCAUCCAGCUUGUUGAAGGCGGCUACGAGUUCUUCAUCAUGAUGUACCCUACCCAUUGCACAAAUCCCAGUGUACAGGCGCCGCAGCAGAACAAUAAUGACAUCGAAACCAUCGAUGACAUUGAAUACCCUUCGAUUAACGACAUCACCAUGAAGGAGGACAUCAGCGCGAAGGACUUUAAGCCUCGGCCAAAUAUUAACAGAGCCAGCAAGCCUACAGCCAUGCGCACCUACGACCAGCAGGGGCUGAACAAGGCCAACGGAGCGCCAAUGACGAAGCCCAUUGCCGAGAUCAUGCGGGAUCAGGAGGAAUUCCUACAGCGGGCCGAGCAAAACGAUGUUCAGCUGGAAAGUGCCUCGAAAAUGUGGAAGCGACAGGCCAUAGAGGGCGACGACCUAAAUGCAGUCGAAAAUCAGGAGCUUCGUUUCCGAAUCCUCCAACUAGAAAGCAAAGCCCUCGACAAUGUUAUUGAGAACAACCGACUGCGGGACGAACUAGAUCGGCUCAAGGAAGAGCAGCUAACGGCCAAGGAGGUAGAGGCCACGCGAAACAUCGAGUCAAAGAUCAAGGAGCGACAACGGCUGGACGACCAGCACGAGCAGGAGCGACUAGAGCGGGAGCGCCAGCUGGCUAUUGCACGCGAAGCGAAAAAGGCGUAUAAAUCCCCAACGCCCGCAACCCGACCACCCCAGCAUGAUCUAUUCGACAGCUUGGGGUCUGUGCCUAAGGUGUCCGGUGAAGAUAUGCCACCCAUAGAUCCGUCAUACGAAUCUAGUCGAGUGGAAAGGCCCACUUUCGAUCGGGCUAUGAAACCACAGCACAGAACGGAAGAGAGGCCAGUGCAGCGGGUCCGUGAUUUCUCACCCGUUGCGGGUCACAAUGUGGGACGCGGAUUGACGGGCCUGAAGAACCUGGGCAACACCUGCUAUAUGAACAGCAUUCUGCAGUGCUUGAGUAACACUGUCCAGCUGACUGAGUACUGCAUAUCGGACAAAUACAAAGAUUACAUUAGCAGGAGCAACAGCAGGACCAACGGACACGUGAUCGAGGAGGUGGCCGCACUUAUCAAGGAGCUGUGGAACGGCCAGUAUAAGUGUGUGGCCAGUCGCGACUUGAGGUACAUUGUUGGCCAAUAUCAGCAGAUCUUUCGCGGCUUUGAUCAGCAGGACUCUCACGAAUUCCUUACCAUUCUGAUGGACUGGCUUCACUCGGACCUGCAGACGCUGCGCGUGGCCCGGCAGCGGGAGACAAUGAGCGCCUCGGAAAAAGCCUGGCUGGAGUUCACCAAGGCCAAGGAGAGCAUGAUAUUGCACUUAUUCUAUGGCCAGAUGAAGAGCACCGUUAAGUGCGUGGCCUGCCACAAGGAGUCGGCCACGUACGAGUGCUUCUCGAAUCUCAGUUUGGAGCUGCCGCCCAAUUCGAAUGUUUGCCAGCUAAGCCAGUGCAUGGAUAUGUACUUCAGCGGAGAGCGCAUCCACGGCUGGAAUUGCCCAAACUGCAAAACCAAAAGGGAUGCCAUAAAGAAGCUGGAUAUAUCGAAGCUGCCGCCAGUGCUAGUGGUGCAUUUAAAGCGUUUUUACGCGGACCCCAGCAAUUCAUGCGCCUACAUAAAGAAGCAAAACUAUUUGCGUUUUCCUUUGGAGAACCUGGAGAUGAAUCCUUACAUUGCCCGGGCGGAGUCACGGGCAGGCACGCCCAAAACCUAUCAGCUCUAUGCCGUUUCAAAUCACUAUGGCUCCAUGGAGGGUGGCCACUACACGGCUUUUUGCAAAAGCGCCAACUACGGCAAGUGGUUUAAAUUCGACGACCAGAUCGUUACAACGCUGGAUACCUCGAAUGUGGUCUCCAGCGCCGCCUACAUUCUUUUUUACACUCGGCUGCCGCCAAUGCAAUUGUCAUUAUGAGCGCCGCUCCGUUCGAUUUCUCCCCUUCCAAUGUCGUCGCAGUCUUAAAUUGUGUUUUGAUUUACGAUUCCAUUAUUCGUAUAGCCUCUUGUCUAGUCGCCCCCGCCCACUGAUCAUUUACCAAUUACGAAUAACUGUUGCUUGUUUGUUUGUUGUUGCCGAAAGGAUAGUGUUACGCAAGGGGGCGUAUUGUUAGGGGGUGUGCGGAGCUGCAUUCGCUAGAACCAAGGACUCCAAGGGUAUUACGCGUACGUAAUGGGAAAUACACUUAUGGGCGUGAUUGUGUAUUUAUAGUUUAUUGUAUUUUGCAAUAAUAUUUUUAAACCAAAAAAUAAACGAAAUUAAAUUUCUUGUA